UAACAGAUCUCAAACCGAUAAAUUUUCUGACCUGAUUUCAACUUUUAAAGGUAUUGAUAGCUGGCGUCUCAAAUUGAUUUUAAUAAUCGGAGUCGUUAGUUUACCAUAAGUACGUUGCACUCUAUAGUUGCGUCGAAAAAGUUUAGUAAAAAUGAUUUUAUUCUUGGUUUUGCUUUUGUCUAUCUUAUUAGUUCCUAGAUCCCAAACCGUGUCCGUGUUACCACUUUUAGUUCAACAGGUUUGCAGACACGGCGAUAGAUCCCCAGUGACAUGUUUUCCCAACAACCAAAACAAAGACUUCUGGCUCCAGGGCCCUGGAUAUUUGACCCCCAAAGGAGAGAAGCAGCUCUACGACAAUGGAAAAGCUUUCAGAUCCGACUGGUACCCUGGAUUGUUGAGUGAUGUCGUCCUACCAAGUGAGUCGUAUGUGGUGAGUUCUCACUUCGACAGAUGUCUCAUGAGUGCGAACUCAUUCAUGGCUGGCCUCUACCCUCCGACCGAUGAGUUCCUAUUUGAGAAGGGACUCAAUUGGCAGGCAUAUCCGACUCACAUGAUAUCAGCGGAUAUCGACUACUAUCUCAGUGGGACUACAUGUCCGGCCCAAUUGAGGGAACUUGAGCGAAUACUGUCUUCGCCUGUCUACAAACAGUUCGAGACAGAAAACCAAGAAUUCAUCAACACCACGUGCCGGCUGGCUGGCUAUCAUGAUGAUCGCGACUGGAAUGCAUUUGCUCUGCAGGUCAUCAAUGACAACCUCAUUUGUGAUGCGGCUCAUGAACUUCCCCUACCCGAGUGGGCCACUGAAAGUGUCCUAACUGAGAUGAAGAACAUAGUCAACAUGCAGAACAGUAUUCUUUUCUCAGACCCAGCAGGCACAUUUCUAUUCACGGGAGGCGGUCCUCUUUUGGGAUUGAUGGUGGAAAACAUGCAGAAAAAGAUGAACGGAACUCUCACCCAGAAAUUAAUAUACUACUCGGCUCAUGACUCCACAAUACUGUCAUUUCUUGGAAAUCUGGAACAAGAGGUGGGCCCUAACCCGCCCUAUGGAUCAUGUGGAGUACUGGAGUUGUAUGAAGACAAUAACAAUAAAUACUUCGUUCAGCUUUCGUUUCGCAACAGCACACUUGGAAUGAUGAACGAGGCACGAAUGAUGCCGAAUUGCGAUGACGUCAUGUGCGAUUAUGCAACAUUCUCCGACAUGGUGGCAGACAAAGUCAACAUGGACCCAAAGGCAGCUUGUAAUAGUUUUUAGAAACUGUAUUUUUAUAACAGAAUUUUCAUAACUGAAUUUUCAUAACAAAAAUUGAAUUGUAUAAUAGUUUAAAUUCCUUUCUGGUGCAGCUAAAAAUGCACAUCUUUGAGUGUCUUAUACAUAGAUUACGGGAUCUGCUUAUUUAUAUAUGAUUUGUUUUGGGAGACCAAAUGUG